GAUUAGCUAUUCUUGCCUGCUUCACACGGAGCAUGUCUUGUGUGCAAAUAAGAAUAUGUGUAAUGCAAUGAAUAUUGGCUGUAUCGUUGAAAUACAUAUAUAAGAGAGACUACGAAUAACAGUUUUUUAUUCAGAACAGGCUGCUGCCACCAUAGUUAACCAGAUAGCUAGUUUGUUUAAAACUCGCUGCAAUAUGUGGACCGCCGAUGAGAUUUCCAAACUGUGCUACCAGCGCUUCAGCGAGUUGCCCAAGAGAGGAAAGCCCGAGCCGGGCAGAGAGUGGACGCUUUUGGCCGCCGUAGUAAAGUGUUCAGUUUCCCCGAAUCAAGAGAAAGUUGAGGAGGAGGUAGUGUCAUUGGGAACUGGCACUAAGUGUAUUGGGCGCUCAGCCAUGAGCUCAAAGGGAGAUGUGCUCAAUGACAGCCAUGCAGAAGUCAUUGCCAGGAGGGGUUGCAUUAGGUAUCUGACUGAGCAGCUGCGGAUGGCAGUAUGUGGGCAAGGCAGCACUGUGUUCUGUCAGGGAGAGGAGAUGGGAAAGUGGAAGGUGCAGUCAGGGGUGUCUUUCCUGUUCUUCACAAGUCACACACCAUGUGGAGAUGCCUCCAUCAUUCCCAUGAUGAUUGACCGCCAAUCCCAACCCUGCCCACCAAUAAGGUCAGAUGAGAUCAUCCCCAAUGGAACCAAUGAAAAAGCAGAAAGAGUGAACCUGAAACGCAGAGCGGAGACACAGACUGAUGGGAUCAAUAAACAUCCUCGAUUAGAAGAACCGGAGAAGUCAGAGGAUGAGCUACAGUGUGGUGGGAGCCUGGUUGAAAAUCUUACUGACAGCCCUGCACAGGCCCCUGCAGAGAGUCUAAGGCUGGAGGGGGAGAAUGCGUUGACAAACGUGGUGAUAAAACAAAGGGACAAUGUUUUGACAGAACAGUCUCUACAGGACAUACACCGGACAGGUGCUAAGUGUGUCCCUGGAGGACCAGAGGAUCCCCUCCAGCCCGGGUUAGGGUACCACAGUACUGGGCUGCUGAGAGUGAAGCCUGGUAGGGGGGAGCCCACUCUGUCUCUCUCCUGCAGUGACAAGCUGGCCAGGUGGGCAGUGCUAGGUUUCCAGGGUGCGCUGCUCUCCCAUUACCUACAGGGGGCAGUCUACUUCAGCGCUAUCGUGGUGGGGAGAUGUCCAUACAGCCAUCAGGCCAUGCAGAGAGCUCUGAUCACCAGGUGUUCUGAGGUGACAGCCCUGCCUGCUGGCUACACAGUGCAGCCUCCAGAGCUCCUGCAAUCCAGACUGGAGUUUGCUCACAGCCAGGCACAGACUGAGCACAAUCAUCAGCCCGGCAAGGGCAGAGUCUCACCUUGUGGCGCAGCUAUCAGCUGGUGCGCUGUGUCGGAUCAGCCACUAGAUGUCACUGCUAAUGGCUAUAAACAUGGAGUGACCAAGAAGGCUCUGGGCACAUCAAAAGCAAGGUCUCUUAUUUGCAAAGUGGAACUAUUUCAUUCUUUCCUGUCACUGCUGGCUGUCACUGACAAGUCCCACCUCCCUGAAUCUCUAAGGGGAAAGGAGCUCCAGACGUACUGGGACUACAAGCAGGUGGCUCAGUCGUACCAGCAGGCCUCGCUGCAGCUGCGCUCACAGGCCUUCCCACUGUGGCUCCGCAGUGAUCGCGACCUGCUGCAGUUUCACUGAAACACAGCACAACUGUGUACUGACCAGAAACCGGAUGUUUUGGAAUAUGUUUUAUUCUGUACAGGUGUCCUUUUCACUCUGUAAUUUAGACUAGUAUUGUGGGCUCCUGAGUGGCACAGCGGUCUAAGGCACUGCAUCUCAGUGCUAGAGGCGUCACUACAUACCUUGCUUCGAUCCCCGGCUGUAUCACAACCGGCCCUGAUCUGGAGUCCCAUAGGGCGGUGCACAAUUGGCCCAGCGUCGUCCAGGUUAAUGGAGGAUUUGGCCGGGGUAGGCCGUCAUUGUAAAAUAAGAAUUUGUUCUUAGCUGACUUGCCUUGUUAAAUUAAAUAAACCGCAAUGUUGUUGAUCCAUCCUCAGUUGUUUUCCUAUCACAGCCAUUAAACUACGUAACUGUUUUAAAGUCACCACUGGCCUCAUGGUGAAAGCACUGAGCGGUUUCCUUUCUCUCCGGCAACUGAGUCAGGAAGGAUGCCUGUAUAUUUGUGGUGACUUGGUGUAUUGAUACGCCAUACAAAGUUAAAUAACUUAAUCAUCCUCAAAUGGAUAUUCAAUGUAUGCUUUUUAAAAAAAUGUUUUACCCAUCUACCAAUAGGUGCCCUUUGCAAGCCAUUUGUGAACAUCCCUGGUCUUUGUGGUUAAAUCUGUGUUUCGAAUUCACUGCUUGACUGAGGGACCUUACAAUUAUAUGUAUGUAUUGGGUACAGAGAUGAGGUAGUGUCAAACUAGUAUUUUUGUAUUUAUAUUAUUGCACGAAGUGUGAGUCCAUGUAACUUAUUGUGACUUGUUCAGCAAAUUUUUACUCCUGAACUUACACUACAUAUACAAAGUAUGUGGACACCCAUUCAAAUGAGUGGAUUUGGCUAUUUCAGCCAAAUACCCAUUGCCCUGAAAUACCCAUUGCUGACAGGUGUAUCAAAUUGAGCACACAGCAUUGUGAUCUCCAUAGACAAACAUUGGCAGUAGAAUGGCCUUACUGGCCAUUCUACACACCUCCGGGCUCUGUAAGGGCCAAUUUACCAAGAAAGAGAGUGAUGGAGUGCUGUAUCAGAUGACCUGGCGUCCACAAUCCCCCGACCUCAACCAAAUUGAGAUGGUUUGGGAUGAGUUGGACCACAGAGUGAAGGAAAAGCAGCCAACAAGUGCUCGGCAUAUGUAGUAACUCCUUCAAGACUGUUGGAAAAGAAUUCCAGGUGAAGCUGGUUGAGAAAAUGCCAAAAGUGUGCAAAGCUGUCAUCAAGGCAAAGGGUGGCUUUU